GGCGCUCCGUCGCGUGCACCUUCACGCUCCGUGGUGAGAUGGCUGUGGAGUCUCUGCUGGUUCCUGUGAAGUCGAAACGGGCUCUGUGGACAGACAGCAGGAGGCGAGAAAACGCGCCGCAGUCCGCUUCCUCCUCCAUUUUUAUAAAAUAAUAACGGUUUGGUUUCUGCAGAUGAGCAGCCUGAAUCCUGAAAACCAGGAAAGCUGUUGAACAUCUAAUCAGCCCUCCUGACCACUGGAGACUGGUCCUCAGACGGGUUUGUGUUGCAGCUGUGUGGCCGGGCAGCCUGGCUGCCUCCCUGCCUCCAGAUGAAUGAAGAGCACUCCAGGACACAGAGACACAGCUGAUGCAGGGCAUGCAGGUGUUUCUGCAAAUAUGAUGAAGAAAAAGAAUCCCCAUAAGAAACAUAAGAGCAGUCUGGGUCCGACCACCAAAGUUCUGUCACAGCCACGACGCAACAUCGUCGGCUGCCGGAUCCAACACGUCUGGAAGGAAGGAGGAGGACACGUGAUCUGGAAAGGGACAGUGCUGGACCAGGUGCCAGUGAACCCGUCUCUCUAUCUGAUAAAGUACGAUGGUUUCGACUGUGUUUAUGGUCUGGAGCUUCACAAAGAUGAGAGGGUUCAGGGACUGGAAGUGCUCCCUGACAGACUGGCUAAAUCCCGUCUAACGGACGUCAACCUAGCGGACACCAUGAUCGGUAAAGCAGUGGAGCACAUGUUUGAGACGGAGGAGGGUCCAAAGGAGGAGUGGAGGGGGAUGGUGCUGGCUCGGGCUCCCAUCAUGACCACCUGGUUCUACAUCACCUACGAGAAAGACCCGGUGCUCUACAUGUACCAGCUGCUGGACGACUACAAAGAGGGAGACCUCCGCAUCAUGCCCGACUCAAAUGACAGCGUCCCGACGGAGAGGGAACCUGGCGAGGUGGUGGACAGCCUGGUGGGUAAACAGGUGGAGUACGCCAAAGAGGAUGGCGGCAAACGAACGGGCAUGGUGAUCCACCAGGUGGAGGCUAAGCCCUCCGUCUACUUCAUCAAGUUCGACGACGACUUCCUCAUUUACGUCUACGACCUGGUCAAAACUUCAUAAGACUUUGCGGAUGCCCCUCCCGCGUGACGGAAACAAAAUGCAGCACAUGUUGAAGCAUCUGAUCCAGCGCUUGUUCUUCAGACCAUCAAAGACAAAAAUAAAGACUGAAGAAAAAGAAUUCUCACAAUGGACGGAUUGGUAACGAUUAAGAUAGGAAAAAAACAGCUUGGUGAAAUUGAAGACUCAUCUGUGACCAUCGUAGAUCCCUCAAAUAUAUGACAAAAGGUCAUGGUUUUACAUCAUUUAAAGGUCCAAAACUUUCCAAACGCACCAUAAUACCCUUCUGAAAACAUCAGAGGCCUCAAAAAAAAAAUCUGUUUUACUCUAGAAGAAAUUUUCAAAAGGACACCGCCUUCUGUUGAAGCGUGACCGAGUCUUUUUAGAAUCUGACCUCCUAUACAAAAAUUAGCCUAACUCUCAAAACCUUUCCCAAGAAACUAAACCGUCAAAUUCAUUUUCAGUGUCUGACACCAUCCAGUGAAUUUCAGUCCUGGUGAUAUGUGCCACAGCUAACGAGAGACUGGUUUUAUGAAAGCCAACUCUUCUGUGCUAAAAAACAAGGAAACAAGUUGAGGAAAUGUGGUCACUGUCCCUGAAACGCGUUCUGGAGUUGCUGGCGGCAUGAAAACAUGACAAAAUUGAAAGAAGAUUUCUGGCCACAGAAAAAAGAGCAGCAAAGAAGUGAAGUCCAGAACUGUUGUGGAAAGGGCUUCAAAAAGGAAGACGAGACGAAGGAGAAUUCUCGGACUGAAUAGUGUCGUUGAAGGUCCAUCGUCUUAGACAUCUGUCUCAUGCAGCAAGGACUGGCAAUUGUAUGGAAGCCCAUUUCUGUCAGGAAAAGAGAAAGAGAUGGUUAAUAAUAAGGCUGGACAUCACUGCUGAUUUCCCAAUUCGAUUCGAUUCAAUAAUGAUUCUAUUUGGUAGAUUCAUAACAACAAUGCAGAUGCCUUCUCCAGUGUGGUUUGUUUCGGAUCCGACGUUUUGCAAAUUGCCCAUCUUGGUGAUGUCUUGUUAAAUGGCUUCCAAGUCUUGUGGUACUUCCACAUAAAUAUUUCGUCGCAAUUUUGCACAUCUUACGUACGGCUUUUGUCCAGCUCUUUGUCUUCAUUAAAUCUGAAAUGCAACCAGACAUCUGCCUUUAGGCUCAGUGGUGCCGUCAGUGGAGCAGGUCCCGGCAUGUAUUGAUUCAGCUGAGGUUCAGUAGUCCCUUUCAUAGUCAGAUCUCUUGGGGUGAAGAACCAAAAGCUAAUAAGACCAAUCAGGCGAAAGGUCAUGGAUCCACUGGAAAAGUCAUAUAUGAAAAGAUCGAUAUUGGGAGUUUAUGAAUCAUUCCGGAUCAUUCAGUUGAAGAUUGAUGUGAAUCAGAGAGAUUUUUUUUCCCAACCCAGUUGGAGUUAGCAAUGAUAAAAACAAAAAUAGUCAUUGUAAGUUGAAAUGAUGAGAUAUUAAGUCAAAAUUUUGUUUAAAUCAAAAUUAGGACAUAUCAAGUAAUUUCAACAUAAUAUCUCCUAAUUUAACAUAAUUUUGACGACUUAGAAAUUGGAAUUUUAUUUGGUAAAGGAAUAAAAACAAAACUAGUCGGUCACUAGUAAGUCAAAAUUAUGACAUGCUAAUUCAAAAUUAUGAUAUACCAAGUCAUUUUAACAUAUUGUCUCCUAAUUUAAUAUUGUGUUCACUAAUUAGAACUCAUAAUUUGAUUUGGUAUAUGAAUAAAAAACAAAAAUAGUCAUAUUAAGUCCAAAUUAAAUGAUACUUUGUCAAAAUGGAUAUUCAAAAUUAAGACAUACCGAGUAAUUUUUACCUGCCAUCUCCGAAUUUGACAUAAUUUUAAGUAAUUAUAAGUCAUAAUUUUAUUUUGUGAAUCAAAGUUUUUAAUUUUGAUUUACUGUGUCAUCAUUUUUACUAAAUAUUUGGCUAAAAAUCUCAAGUUUUACCGAGUCAACAAUUUUUUUAUUUUGUUUUUAAAAUUUUUUUAUUUCAACUUGGUGAAUAUUUUUUUCAGCAGUUAUUAUCUCAUAAUUGAUGUGCUUGAUUUACCACGAGAAUCUUAAUGUUUCUCCACACUUUACAUGCCAUCUUUUUUUUUUCUUGGCUGAAAUGGGAUUCCAUAUAACUGAGAUCCAUAAGACAGGAGACCACACACACUGGUCCCAGUUUAACAUCAAUGCUGGACUUGACACUUUCUGAAGCCUUGGAGAAACAAAAACAAAAAAACAAUCACAGACACACAGAGACACUUUGGAAAUAUCCCCAAACUUAAUUUAUGGCCCUUUUGUUUAAAUGGAGGUUGAUUGAAGAGACGGGAUCUGUUGCGGUUGUUGUACAGAACAAAAGACAGAUUUCUUCAUCAUAUAGCGCGCUUCUUACACAGGCUCCAUCUCACCGACUUCAGCUGAAUAUUCAUGAAGAGUUUCAACAAAUCCUGAUUUAAAAAAAAAAGAUGGGGGCUUUUUUCUUUCUUUUUGCUUUUACCAUUGCCAAAACCCCUUCCUGUUGUGAAGUUGUUUGGUGUUAAAGACGAUC